UUAUUAUUUGUGUUAACAGCGCAUGAAACUGAUUUAUAAUAUCUGUUGUACAUAUUUGUAUAUAAAUGGUCAUGUCAUAUGAGACAUCGGCCCGUGGUGGAAGCCAAAAGCGAGAAAAAUCAAACACAGGACACAGUAGUGGUGGUGGGAAACAGACGACUCAUAAAAUUCCACAGGCCACAGCUGAACAGAUGAGAAUCGCACAAUUAGUCAACGACCAACCAAAGGAUGACGACAUAUUAUUAUCUAAAAAUGUUUCACAGAUUGUUGAAGUCACAGGUACCAGUGAGGAAAAUGCAUUGUUAGCUUUAUAUGAUUCCAGUAAUGAUCCAAUUAGAGCCAUUGAAUUAAUUUUGGAAAGAGGCUCAAAGGGGGAGGACAGUGGAUGGGAAACCGCGGGUCGGAGAAAAAACAGAGGUGGAUCGAGUAUGACAAGAGGACAAGACACAUUUGAUGACGAAACGAAAGAUGAUAAAACAAACGAAAACAGAAGAGAAUGGGAUGGCGGAGAAUCGAGAGGAAGAGGGAGAGGGAACAGACGCGGCGGAAGAGGACGAGGAGGACGGAACCAAGACAGGACCAGAACCACAGAUGAUAAUGACAAAGAAAAUGAAAAUUUUCAAGACAGAGGUCAGAGGAGAGGAAGAGGUCGCGGAAGAUCUGGGACAAACAGAGGACGUGGGGGCAGAGGUCGAGGGGGUGGAGCACCAAGACAUUAUAAAAAUCAGACAUUUGGUUCAAAAUAUGGGGAUGAUUCAAAUGCAAAAGACUCACUUACAGAACCUGUUGACAUGUGGAGAGGAACAAGUACCGAAUGUUGGGAUAUAGAGGUUGGUACUUGGUCAAGUGAAGAUGCAAAGAAGCAAAAAGCUCAAAAAGAAAAAACUGAUUCGUUUGGAGACAAUUGGGGAACUGAAAGUUGGAAUGAUGAAUUGACGGAGACAAAAGUUUUCCAAGCUCAAAAUAUCCAACUACCUCCUGUUCAAUCUAUCACUGGUAAUAAUAAUGCACCUGAUGGAGGAGGUCAAAGUUUAAUGCAAAGCACUGGUGAUAAUACAAUGACCAAUCAUUAUCCGAGUACAACGCCACAGACUGGAGAAAGAAUCGAUUUGGGGCUGCUGUUCAAAAAAUCUGGUAACUCGUCAAUGCGAGCGAGUGAUAAUACAUCAAGUUAUGGAAGCCACAGUGGAAUGGGAUAUGGGAAUACUCCUCAAUCACAUUCUGUUCCUCAACACACUGCGCCCAAUGUUAUUCAGCAGUUACAGCAGCAAGGACAGUCAAACUCACUGUUCAGUGAGAGCAACUCUAGUGCGUCGAGAUUAUUUUCUGAUUAUGAUCAACGUGGUCAACAGCAACAAACACCUCAACAACCAUCUGCUACUGACAGUCUGUUUAAACAAAAUGAAGCUUCUGUCGCUGUGGACAGUUCUUAUUCUCAACUGAAUGGUAAACUCGCUGCACACUCGAGUCAACCAAAAAAUAUUUCAUCCUCUUCAUCAUUCCUCGACUCGUUUAGUGGACUUGGAGGAGCAAGUCAAUCUCAAUCUGGAAUGCUCGGACAACUGGCCGAUUUAUCGAGCAAGCAAACGUCAAUGUCAUCCUAUUCUCAGGUGAGACAGCAACCAAAUACAACUGUCGGGAAUCGUGGUGACAUGAACAGUUUUUCCCAAGGACAACAGAAACAGGCUACGGAUGCUGUGAAAGCUUCGUUGGGAAUUCCUAUUGGAGGAAGUCAGUCAUCCAUGAGACAUGGUCCUGGGCAAGUUCAGUCAAGCGUAGCAGAAAUGCAGAAUCAAGGCUCCUUGAAAGACGAGUCGCAUCUUUCCUUUGGUUCACCUUUGCCCCCUCAGAUUAACCAACAGAGCAAGCAACAAAGAAAGAAAAUGCCAUCUCUACCACCGAAGAUUCCUGCUUCGGCUGUAGAGAUGCCUGGAAACAGUGCGUACAAUACGCAGUUUUCUCUACAAUUUGGUGCGGACGAUUCUGCCCCACCUAUGGAUCCUUCGUCGCUGUCAUCUUCAGGGUUUGAUGUCGGAAUGCCACAUAAUGGGGGAUCACAGAAUAUAAUGGCACAGCAAAGAAGCUUAUUCAUGAAUAAUGAUGUUUCAUCAGAGAAGCAACAGACCAAUCAUCUUUCAUCAAGUGUUCCAGACCAAUCCUUGUUCAGUCAGUCAGCACAACAGAUGACACCUACAAAGAAUGAAAUGCAACGGAAUCAAGAAAAUGUUAUGAUGCCACCUGGCAAUAGAAUGGUAGAAUCCUCAACUGUUACUGGUACUUCUGCACUGGACGCACCGACGCGUGCACCACCUGGUUUAACAAUUCCUGCUUCUGCAUCUUCUGCACUUUCCUCUCUCAAUGCAGGAGGCGGUGGCCAUGUUGGAUCUGGUCGUCAUGGAAAUGAUCUUGGGUCAGCGUAUAACGCUCCAAAUGAUCAUAUGGCUUCUGGAAGAUCUUUGGAUUCCUCGUUAAAUCAAGUUUCAAGUUUGAGUUCCAGCUUUUCCCAAGUUCAUUCGUACUAUUCAACGACGCCGUCUGGUUCACAAAAGCCAGGUCAACAAAUUCAGUCGGAGCUUUCCUCUGGUCGUAGUAUGCAUUCUCCUGUUCCUUCAUCCAGCUUGCCAGGGAGUUUGCAAUCCUCUCCUAUGCCCAAAAUGAUGCAAAUGUCUGGCAACACUCCUGUAAAAGAUCCAAAUUCCAAUAUGGAGUCUGCAGUCACUUCUCUGUCAAACAUGUCGUCAUUGGCAACAAGCUUAUCUCAAGUUAGCAUCGCGUCACCUGCUGCGCAGCAGCACCAUCAUCAUGGCACUGGGCCAUCCGCUAUCAAUCAGUCUUCAAUGUUGUCAUCAGCUUUGUCGACUGCCGUUAGUACUGCCAUGCCAUAUUCCGCGUCGUCACUUUCAACAUCAGUAAGUCGCGGAUUAUCAGAUUCCAUUUCGUCUGGUACAUCGAUGGGAAAAAGUGGUUACGACGCAACACAGGAUUCCAUGUCGUCGUUCAGUUCGUCAUACACUUCAACGCCAUCGAGUGUUCCAUCUUCCGCAAUGCUGACACAGUCGCAACAGUCUGUUCCGUCGCAAACGCCUUCAACAGUCACUACGAUUGCAAACAUGCAGGCAUCUGGUUACAACGCACAAACGACGUCAACUCUUUCUUCAAGCACUUUGGGCGGAUUUGCGACUGCGAAAAUGCCGCAUCCAAUAACGAACAAGGCUCCUGUUAAUAUGCCUCCUGGUGUCACAACUCCAAUUCUACCGAGUCAAUAUGGAAUCCCAAUGGCAGGGCUUAUGCCUUAUACUCCGGAUAUGCAGUAUGGAUACGACCAAUUACUCCUGGCUCAAUCUAGAGUUAUAAAUCCACUGCAAAACUAUUACGAUAUGCACUUCCACAACAAUACACAAAACGCAGCUGUGAAUGGACGGGACUCGACUGCGCAAGUGUCAUCUGGUCAAAGUAAAUACAAUAGAGAGCCGUCAAGUCCGACGCCUACGGCCUCCCAACUGCAAAACCUGUCUGGAUCAAUGGGAUCGGGAUUGUCUCAACACAAUUCCUCAGUUUCACAGCAGAGUACACAGUUGAAGGGUGCGACAAUUCAUGGUUCUCAGACAGCUGGUCAUCAUUCAGCUCAACAGCAGCAGCAAUUUGUUGGUGCAGCAAUGCCGGCAUACGCAGGUUACAGUAGUCUUGCCGCUCCAUAUUAUGGUCUUGGGAUGCCCAACACUGCUGGAUUCCAGUAUCCUCCGACUAUGUUUGCUGCUGCCAUGCACCAAGCUCCAAAACAUUCUGUUAAUACCACGACUGGAUUUCAGCAGCCGACUACUGGUUUCGGUCACUCGUAUUCAAAUGCUACGAUCACGUCUUCAAGUGGAUUACAAGAUUUACAAGGAUCAAAUUAUUCAAAAACUCAUGCGUCUGCUUUCGAAAAGCAACAAGGAUAUCACCAACAUACGAAUACACCCCCUCCUUUCAAUUUACAGGCGAUAACUGCUGCUGUGGCAGCUGGCGGAGGUGCAACUACUGGAGGAGGAGCUCCUGGUCUCAGUCCGUACGGAACAGCUCCUUACAUGACAAUGUUACAGCCUCAUCAAGCUUCUCAGCAGCAGGCUAUUCAUUUGUUGCAACAGCAGCACCAGGAUGCAACUGGGGGACAGCCCAUUGGUUCGCAACGAAACUUGGGUUCCAACUCAUUGGUGAAGUCAGCAAACAAGCAAAGUGCUUACGGCAAUGUUGCUUCAGGAUACUGGGGAAACUAGUAUCGCAAAUUCAUGUCCAUCUUGCUAGAUUUAAACGUGAAUGAAUUAAAAAUUUCGUCUCAACCAUUUGAGGACAAUUUUUCGACUUGAUAUGAUGUUUUACACUAAAAAUGAAAAAUAUUUUGUGAAUAUUUCACACGCAAAGUUAAUUUUUUGUUUCUUGAAUCGGAGCGCUCAUUGGAGUUCUCUUUUUUAUACUCUCAUGUGUGCGUGUAAUGAAUAAAAAUAUGUUUUCUAGCGUUGUUUAGUCCCUUGUCUUAUUAUCCUUGACCGCUACUCUAUUUGAUGUGUGGUGCAUUUAAUCAUUUGUAAAUUGAAUUGUAUUUUGUGAAUUUUCAUGUCGCGUACGCAAGCUACUUGAUUUUCGAUCUCUUUGCGAAUUGUAGUUGCUGUGAAUUUUUUUAUUCGUCUAUUUAACUUUUUUUCAAUGGUUAACUUGGGUUUGAGAGUUCAUAACUGGCUGCUCAAUUAUUUUGGAAACUUUGGAAUUGCUUAAAUAUGAGCCUUGGAAAGUAAUCUUUGAUUGUACAAAAUUGAUUUUAUAUGAUACGAAAAUUUAUGUCAAAUUUGCAAAUUUCUGGAUAGUAAAAAGUUUUGUACCAACUACAAAAUGCCUAUUUCAUCACUUCUUCGUGUAUAAUCCAACUUUGCUUUUUUGUUCCUACUGAGCAUUUUCAGGUGAUGGACUUUGCAUUUCAUUAUGCCUGUUGUACAUACCCAUGAACGUAGAUAUCAGUGGCUAAUUGCGUUACCAUACUACUAAAACAGUAUAGGUGAAGAAGGCCAUUUUGCGUCGUAUUGUUCCGCACAAUAGCACCUUAAUGUUAGAUUGUCAUCCCUGCGUUAUGAAGCAUGGUUGAAUAAAAGGUGUGAAGUUGCGCCAUAUUCUGUGAAUAAAAUCAAAAUCUUCAUAUUGUG